CGUUCACACACACACAGAUUUGCACAAUUGUUGGUUGUAUUCGUCUUCUAAAUUGUUCUCUGUCUUUCUGCUAUCGGAGAGGUUCGUCCAAGAUGAAGAACAAAGUGGGACAUUCGAAUGCGGGCAGGACUGUUUCAGCACGGCCAAGCCAAUCACGCAGCAGCGUAGGGGGACCAACAACACCUGGGGUCGUGUUCGCUGAGGAACCAGAAUUUGAGACGCAGGUCGACGACGAGAUGAACGAAGAUUUUGACGACGAAGAGGUGGCAGUUGAGGAAGAGGAGGAAGAGGAGGCAGAAGAGGAGGAAGAGGAGGCAGAGGAGGAGGAAGAGGAGGAAGAGGAGGAAGAAGAGGAAGAGGAGGAAUGAGGGAGAAGAAGAAGAAGAGGAGGAAGUGGAGGAAGAGGAGGAAGAAGAGGAGGAAGACAUGGAGAUUGCCUGUGGGAAGCGGAAAGAGAAAUGGGUGAGGGAUACAUUCAUAAACACGAAGUUGCGAAAAGACCUUCUUCCGUUCUUCUGGGCCGUCUGCCUCACAGCUGCUGGAGUAAAGUUGUACGUGCAGU